GAAGUUCCAAACAGAAUCCUAUUCAAGAAUGAGGAAUAAAUAUGUUAUCCUCAUCAUCUGCAUUGUGGCCCUCAUCAUCAUUGAAAAGGAAAACAAUAUUAUCUCAAGAGUCUCUGACAAACUUGCACACAGACAGACCCAACAAACCCCAGAGCCUCUUUUAUUCUUCAAUGGCUCCAGUUUGGAUGAGAGUAAGAUGAGUAUAAAUUCCACACUGUUUGUAGAUCCAGACCAGGCUGGUCAUAAACACAUUCUCUUAUUGGCCACCACUCGCACUGGAUCCUCCUUUGUAGGUGAGUUUUUUAACCAGCUGGGCGACAAUAUGUUCUACCUGUUUGAGCCGCUGUGGCAUGUCGAGAGGACACUUUCAGUGGACACAGGGAUCCCCAUUUCCAACAUCUCAUCCACUGCAUACCAGGAUGUGCUGCUAAGCCUAUUCUUGUGUGACUUCUCAGUGCUGGAGAGCUUCAUCAGCCCACCUCCUCUAGAGCAUGUCACUGCAGCUCUUUUCCGUCGUGAGUCCAGCAUGGCUCUGUGUGAGGAACAGGUGUGCUCACCAGUGCAGAAGAAUGUUUUUGAGAGAUAUCACUGCAUAACACGCCGCUGUGGCCCUCUGAACUUCACCUUGGCCUCACAAUCCUGUCUGAGGAAGAAGCAUAAGGCUAUCAAGACGGUUAGGGUUCGGCAGCUGGACUCACUCCGUUUGCUAGUUGAAGAUCCUAGACUGGAUAUUAAGAUCAUCCAGCUGGUGAGAGACCCCCGUGCUAUCCUGGCCUCAAGAAUGGUAGCCUUCUCAAGCAAAUACCAGACUUGGAAAAGUUGGGCAACAAAUGGAAAGGUACCCAUUGAUGAUGAAGAGGUGAAACGGCUCCAAGGAAAUUGCAAUCAAAUCCGCGAGUCUGCCGAGCUGGGUUUGAGCCAACCGGAUUGGCUGGAAAAUCACUACAUGCUUGUGCGCUAUGAGGACAUUGCCAGAUACCCCAUACAAGAAGCGGCUGAGAUGUACAGGUUUACCGGGAUCCCAUUCACACCACAGGCAAGGGAAUGGAUCAUUAAGAACACACAUGCUUCAGAGGUUGCCAGUGGAGUGUACUCUACCCAAAAAAACUCAUCAGAGCAGGUAGAAAAGUGGCGUUUCAGUAUCCCCUUCAAAUUAGUCCAAGUUGUGCAAGAGGUAUGUGGGCCAACUAUGGAACUAUUUGGAUAUCGAUUUGUUGACAGUGAGGAGACACUAGUUAAUACGUCUUUUAGUUUGCUUGAAGAAAAACAGUUUAAUGUAUCAUAUGUUACAGAUUUUAUCUCACAGUUUUAG